CCGCCAGGCUUCACAACGGAAACCGAGCCUAGCUUGCAGGCACCUCACAGUUCAGUAGCUGAAUCCGUUCCCGUCGCCAGCGAGCAACCCGAGCAGGAGCCGGCGGAAGGCGUGUUGCCGGACAGCCCGCCGCUGCGAGGAGCGCACGCAGAGACCGCAGGCGCAGUAGGCGCGGAAACCUUACCCGCAGUAGUCGCGGAAGCCUUACCCGCAGUAGGCGCGGAAACCUUAUCCGCAGUAGGUGUGGAAAUUGCGGAAGACCUGUUAAACACGGCAGCGGCAGACAGCGCUUUCGGGAGGACUGCCUUUCAGGCCAGCCGAGCCUUGAUACGAGGUGCCGCUGCUGAAGCGGCCGCCGGAGGGAGUGGUUCAGGCGGUGGGGAAGAAGUCUCUGCAGUGGCAGGAGCAGUGGCGGCAGGAGCAGCGGCAGGAGGGUCCAUGACGGAUGGCCGUUCAGAUGAUGCAGAAUUGCCCUCAUCGGCAGGAGAACCGGCAGCGCCCGCCCUGGCUGCUCCUGCUGCUCUCGCUUCAACUGCUGCUGCCACUGCUUCACCGGAAGGAGGGGUCGCUCUAAGCAGUGUAGAGCGAACUGGAGGAGGGAGAGGGGGUGAGGGAGGGGACAGACGAACAGACAGUAUGUCCGAAGCUGGAAAGGAGGCUCGGGCCGUGAGAGCCGCCGAUGCAGCGAUCAACGGUGAGGAUCAGCCGCCGUUCCUCCCGGGCCUCCCGGACGAUCUGGCUUGGGCCAUUCUUCUGCGCGUGCCUCGGAGCUGCCUGCUGCUCCUCAGGGCCGUCUGCCGGCGCUGGCAUGACAGCCUCGGGUCGAGCCUCUACUUCCAGGCUCGGAAGAGGCUCGGGCUUGCCGAACCUUGGCUCUAUGCAUCCAUCAGUGAUUGGCAGGGCCACAACGCAUGCAUGGCGUUCGACCCCAGCAGCAGCGCGUGGCACACCCUGCCGCCCAUCCCUGGCGCGCAGCAUCGGUCCGUGCUCACGCUGCAGUUUGCCGCGGUGAAGGGGCGGCUGCUGGUGGCGGGCGUGGUGGAGCGGGAGGACCCGCUGGACUCUGCGUCUGGCGUGUUCAUCUAUGACCCAUCGCGGAACGAGUGGAAGCGAGCAGCCGCCAUCGGCACGGGGAGGUGGUUCUGCAUGUUUGGCGUGGUGCGGGACCGGCUGUACGUGGCGGGGGGUAUCGGCACGUCUAACAGCCUGGCACUGGUGGGAUCGGUGGAGGCGUAUGACAUGGACAGGGACGCGUGGGAGCAGGUCACCACGUCAUCCCGUGCUGAGCUCAUGACGUUACCCGGUUACCAGACGGUGCUGAGCGGGUGCCUGGUGGCAAAGAACAUCGGGUGGGGGCAGCGCCUGGGCAUUGCGUUCAACCCGCUCACCUACACGCUCAGGGAGCUGCCCCCAGCCAUGGUGCAGGGCUGGCAGGGCCCCACGACGUCAGUGCAGGGCCACAUGUUCAUAGUGGACUUUGGCGAUGACUACAAGCUCAAGACAUGGGACGCGCACACGCAGGCCUGGGCGUGGGUCGGCCAGGUCCGGCUGCCGGCGGUGUCGCACAAGCCGUGGGCAGCGCAGCUUGUCUGCUUCCUGGACCACAUCUGUCUCGUUCUGCCGGACAGGUCGCUCGUUAUGGCCCCUCUGCCGCCCCUGCUGCGAUCAUUGGAGAGACAGAGGAGGAGGAGGGAGAGGGAGGGGAGGGCGAGAGGGAGGGGGAGUGGGAGAUGGAGUGAGGUGGGAGAAGAGGGGAUGGUGGCAGGUGUGGUGGAGGAAGGUGGGGGUGUGUGGGGGGAUGUGUGGAGGAGAGAGGAGGGGGGAGAGGGGGAGAGUGGGCACGUCUCAUUGGGAGGGGAAAGAGGGCAUGAGGAGGAGAGAUGUGGGAGGAGCGAUGGGGAGGAGGACGAGGAAGAUGAGGAGGGGGGUGAGGAUGAGGUGGUACUGGUGAAAGUGAUACCUGGGCCAGGGGCAGGGGAGAAGGGGUCAGAGCUGGUGCUCACGAAUGCCGUGCUGGGCUGCCAGGUGCUCGCCACGUGAAUGCAACAGAGUUGGCUGGUGUGCCUUGUUGGGCCAUGUUGGUUGAGACAUUGAUUCAGCACACGUGUGUUUGAGGUAGUUGUCUGCAGUAGAGGCAGCAUUGACCAGGAGAGUGUUGCUGUUGGGAGUGAAAAGGGACUGGUCAUGCAGUGAAGUGAAGAACCUUUUUUUCUGAAGAGCUGUGUUGUAUUGAGUAAAUGGCAGUGCAGUGC